UUCUAGCGCUUUCUCCGGUGCCAGACAGCGUUUGUCGAUAUGGGCGUUUUUUCUCUUUCUGCGGUUUUUGUCUUAAGCUUAUAUGGCCAGGUCGUAGAUUAUCCUCAGUCUGUGAAAUUAGAUACUCCUGCGAAAUUGACCAGCGUCUUCCGUAUCAAAAUUUUCUGCUGGGUCACCAUGAUUUGACGGGAAUAACAUCGAGGAUAGUGAGAUUCCAUUUCGUCAGAUUGCGUAAUUUCAACCCAUUGGCGGGUUUGGUGUCUCUAUUGCAGACUAAAUUCCUUCCGCUCCUUUGUGGGUUGGGUCGGGAUUUACCCCCCUUGUGUGUUCUUCAUCAGUGUUUGCCCUUACUUUUUCUACCUCCGAGGAAAAACAAAUUGUGCUUUAGAUAUGAACUAUAUCGGUUAAGUUUUCCAUUCUCGUGGAGAUCAAAGAUGUCUUCUCCCAGCAAAAGGAGAGAAAUGGAUGUCAUGAAGUUGAUGAUGAGCGAUUACAGCGUUGAAACGAUCAACGAUUGCCUGAAUGAGUUCAAUGUGGAGUUCCACGGUCCGAAAGAAAGUCUUUAUGAGGGAGGGGUUUGGAAAAUUCACGUCGAGCUCCCAGAUGCUUACCCGUACAAAUCUCCUUCCAUUGGGUUUGUUAACAAGAUAUUCCACCCAAAUGUGGAUGAACUUUCUGGCUCGGUGUGCUUGGAUGUAAUCAAUCAAUCUUGGAGUCCCAUGUUUGAUCUAUUAAACAUUUUCGAGGUUUUUCUUCCGCAACUCUUGCUCUAUCCAAACCCGUCCGAUCCACUCAAUGGAGAUGCAGCCUCGCUUAUGAUGAGAGACAGAACGCAAUAUGAUCAGAAAGUACGAGAGUACUGCGAACGGUAUGCCAAGAAGAAUGGAACGGCGGAAUCGGACGAGGAGGAGGAAGAGAGCGAGGAGGAGGACGUGACCGACGGAGAAACAGCCUCUACGGACGACGAGAUCGCAGGGCAUGCCGAUCCUUGAUUCUGCGGAAAAGGGGUCUUUUGGUUUACCAUACACUAUAUAGAACCAAUUGAAGAUUCAUUUAGAUUUUAUGUGAUACAUAAAGCAAACGCUCGUCGGUCCAUUUUCGCAGUGGCCACGUUGGUUCUCAAUUUCCCUUGUCCAUGACAAUGUUUUACUUUGGGGAAGCUUUCGGAAA